UGAUGCUUUGCACGAGCGCCGGACGCGUUUCCUGUUUCCCGUUUACACGGAGCACGCUAAUGUCCAGGUGUAUUGUGAGAAGAUAUGGUUAAUCCGACUCGUACUGAUCGUCCGGUGAACGCUAUCGUUUUGCGAGGCUAAGGUGAUCGCGAAUAUCGCACUCGCAGCUCGAAACACGGAAUAACUUGAAAAUGAAUAGCUGACAAAAUGUUGCAGAUAAAAAAAGAAUCGGUAAAAAGGGAGAGCCCUGAGGCCCCUACUCCUGACAGCACAACUGUUGAAAGUAAGAGUUAUGUUUGUGGAGAAGAAGUAUUGGUUCACCUAAAUGACGAACGAUUUUAUUUAGGAUUUUUAGCUAAACUGAGGUUUAAAGAGUCUAAAUGUUUAGUUAAGUUUGGUGAUAAUACAGUAAAAUGGGUAGCUUUAAAAAAUGUCACGCGGAUGACAUGUACGAGUACAACUACUCAAUUUUGCCAUGUGUGCAAUAUCGAUACUAUGCCAGAAGAUAUUUGUGUUUGUGAUAUCUGUGCUAAUGCAUAUCAUCGAAAAUGUCACAAGCCUGAAGUUUCAGUAGUAGAUACUACUGUUUGGGCAUGUUCCUUGUGCAAGGAAAAACAACGGAUUAAUAGACUGCAAGCUGUAAACUCUGUAUCGAGCACUGUUGUUCCAAAAAUUAUAAAACUACCUUAUGAUUUAAAUUCUUUACAAUGGGACAUACAUCAUCGUAUUAACAAUUUAGGAAUUUAUUGCUAUUGUGGAGGAUCAGGUGAUUGGUUUAUCAACAUGUUGCAAUGUUGUAAAUGUUUACAAUGGUUUCAUGAAAAAUGUGUUAAAUCAUUAGUAUAUCCUCUAUAUCUUGGUGACAGAUUUUAUGUUUAUUUGUGUUCUGUGUGCAAUGAAGGUACAGAGUUCGUUCGUCGAAUUGAAAUGAAUUGGUCUGACUUAGUUCAUUUAGCCUUAUUUAAUAUGACUGCUUAUAAACCACAGAAAUAUUAUGAUGUGGAUAUGAAUAUACUUCCAUACUUAGAUAACCAUUGGAAUUCAAUGUAUCUACCUCCUAAAAUUCUUAAUGUUCCUGUUGACGACAGGAAAGUAUAUGUUGUCAAUGCCCUGCUCAAAGACACCAAUCAGAGGUUUGAAUAUCAGGGUAAAAAACCCACCAAUAUGUGGGGACUACGACUGAAGUUGCCACCAAAGCCCCCACGUUUUUCGUUACCUACACAAGUUCCAAUUAAUGAGAACCUCCUGCACCAUCAAUUACGCAAUAAACUUAAUCUCAAUAUACUACCACCUCCAAAAAAGACUGAUCCUGUUAUAAAUCAACGACUUACUGAGUCCAUGUAUUCAGUGGAAGGAUUAAAAUUCUUACAUCAAGAUUCACAUGUAGUUAUGUUACCAAAAGGCCUCCCAUCAAUAGGUCAUAAUGUUUGUAUCAAAAGCGCCAGCCCAAUUGUACCAGCACCAAGAUCUGUAAUUGAACGGCGGAUUAGGCUACAGCAAAUAGAAACAAAUAAACGAAGUUCUCGGAGUUCAAGUGUCAUUGCCAAUAAAAUUAAAAAAUCAACAAAAAAAGAAAAAGUUCCUGAAAGUCGAUCACCGUCACGUUCAACUGAAAGUACCCCAGAAAAAUAUGUAUCUCCAACCGAAGACGAACUGAGCAGUGAAGAUGAUGCAGAUGAUGAUGAAGAUCUAGAUGAUGAAGAUGAUGCUGAUUCAUUACAAACAGCUGAUCUUCAAAGCCGUCGUAGUCAAAGACUUAGUGUUAAUCGUUUAUUAAAUGGACGACCAAUGGCUAGAUCAUCUCUCCCACGCGAGACUCGAUCUGCUUCAUCGAUUACUUUGCCAUUAUCUUUAGCUCCUGUAAUUUCACAACCACAAGUUCGUACUACUAAACGACGGUUAAGUGAAAAAGAUUUGCGUGUUGACCGUAAUGGACAAUAUUUAGUGAAACCUAAAAGACUGCGUCGAAGUGGAUUAUCAAAUAGUAGUUUAACUUCAACAAAAAGACAGUCUAAGAACAGCUGUAAUGGCCGUCCAAUUUACAAAUCUUAUUCGGAUUUCUUUGCUAAUCAUGGCCAAUCGGUAAAUAGGCCAUGUUCUCCUGAAAAUGCUAUAAAUUCAUCAGCAGACCUUAAAACUCUUGUACAUUCUUAUUUUGGGGCUAGUAAUAGAAUUGCCAAUGGAGAAGAAUAUACAAUAUUAUGUAAAAGAAUUAAUCCAGAUGGGUCGGAAGAAUUUUUAAUUCGAUGGGACUAGAAUAUUGUAUCCAUUUCUAAACUUAACUAUUUUUUAUCUUAAUAUUAUGCCAAAAUUCCAUGAAAAGAGAAAAAAUGAAAAUUAUAUUUCUAUGAUUGAACUAGGUCUAUUGAUUUUUUAUUAUCAACAUUUCUAUUUUGAUUAUUGUAUUCCUAUUGAUAGGUAUUGUGAGUUAUAUCUCAUUUCCAACAGUUAACUAAUAUUAUCUUAUAUUAUCUUCUGAUAGAAUGAUGAUAAAAUAUAAUCAGUUGAUUAAAAAAUGUUUCCUAUUUAUUUAAAUUUGUUAAAUGAUAUAUUUAAUUUGGCUCAGUUAUUGACUAGAUACUUUAUUCAAACCUAUUCCUGAAUAGUAAAUUCUUGCAUAAUUAUGAUUGGAUAUUUUAAUUAAGAAAUGUGGGUUUUAUAAACAUUUUAUGAUAUGUCACAAAAUAAACACCUAUAUUAAUUUCCUACUACUUAGUAAUUACUUUCAUAAAUUAGUAAAUGUUUAUGAUCGCACAAAGUUUUAAGUGUUUGCGUUAUGUUGAAUGUAAAUCAAACGUGUGUAAAAUAAGAACAAGUGUAUAUUUUUUUUUUUUUUUUUUAUCGUAAAUUGUGUUCAUAUUUUUAGUCUAGUGUUAUUUUAAUGCAUUAGCUGUUUGGUAAUCUUUUGGGUGAAAUACUCUAAUUAUGUUUUACCAAUUCUCAACCUAUCCCAUAAUAAUACAUUUUAUUGAUUUUUCAUUUUUUUUAAUUUGCUCUAAAA